UUUCUUCCUCCACGGGAGUGAGUAAGAGCGAGCAAGAGAGCAUCUUGACGUACUUUGACGAGUUGACGAUGCGCUCGGCCGUCGCGUCCAUUUUCCGAACACACGAAACUCGAGGGGGAAUCGAGUGCAACGAAUACAAAUAAUGGAGUGCGCGUCGUCUCUCGAUUGAGACACUCGCCUGUAAACUUGCACGCGAUCUUUCCGCGUGUGAUGUGAUGUACGUACAUUGUGUGAGUCGCAUGCUCACCGCCCGAUGAAAUGUUGUGCCUUACGUGUCUCUGACACGUUUAUUUUACGUAUCUCGACCGAGUCGUGAACGAGGUUUGUUGUGUCGACUGUUGUUCGCCCGCUCAAACGAGGACAACAGUAGAGAAGGACUCGCAGUGCGGGUCUUCCACAGUGUGUGUGUGCGUACGUGUGUGUAUGUAUGUGAGAAAGAGCAAGAGAGGCGUCGAGACGAGACGAGACGAAACGAGAUUAGACGUCCGGGUGGUCCAGUAAUUAAGACAUUUCACGAAAUGUCAGCUCCCGCUGUGAGAAUGAAAGGACAGAUCUUGUGAGGCCGGCGGUGUCGUGAGUACCGCUGCACAGUGGCAUAAGUGUCACGUCAGGUUGAGGUUAGACUGCCCUCCUCUUUUCCCUCAUUCCCUCGCUGCGGCUGUAAACCGUAUGUAAACCCUGUCGUCUUACGUCUUCAUCCCGCCUGUCGUCAGUCGGACGGUUCAAGUCGGAACUCUAAAGCUAACGAUAAGUUAAAAAAAAAAAAAAAACACCACCGGGACUCUCCGGGUCGGGGAGGGCAAUCCUCUCGACGCGGACUGUUGCGACGGUUGCAGCGUAGUUGUUGGUACUCUUGUUGAUGAUCGUGGGUGAUACUACACAUUCGGGUGCCGCGUAGUAUAUGCGUUAAUGUGUGUACGUUACAUACGUUCUUUGUGUGUUAUGUUCCCGUCUCGGUGAAUAGGGGUUGUAGAAUCAUGGCAGAUCGAGACUAUGAUAUGGGCUCAACGACGGAAAUGAUGGUAAAUGAUUUCGAUGACGAGCGAACAUUGGACGAAGAAGAGGCCCUAGAAGGUAGCGAGGAUUCUCACAACGAGUUGUCCAACUUGCAAAAGAGCAAGGAAGGUGACAUGCCACUGAAGGAUCUUCUUGCCAUGUAUGGAUACGGUGAUCCCUCGACUGAGAACUCGAACAGUUCCGAUCACAUGUUGCUGCCGUCGGCGAGCGGCCCCGAGACCGAGGAGCGUUACUCGGACAAGGGCGACAACGAUGCGGACGACGACGACGACGACGAUGAGGCCGACGCGACCAGCAACGAGCCGGACCUCAAGCAAUUCUAUACGGAGAUGCUGGUGAAGGGGAAGGAUAAGGCGUCGUCGUUGUCGGGGUCUGCAACGAAGGGCAAUACUAGCAUUGGAGCAGGCGGCAGGGAUAGCAGAAAACGUAGCAGAAUUGACGACGACGAGGACGACGAUGAGGACGCCGAGGCUGAGGCCGAGGAGUGCACGAUGACGACGGAUGCUCGAGGCGGAAGCGGCAAGAAGACUCGAGCGUCGCCUACCACGGAGAGUAGCGCUAACGCCGCCGCGUGUGGCGGUGUAGUUAAUUUAGGGGUGGUCGGCGCCGCCGACAGUGCUAUCGAAGAGGGUAACACAGGCGGUGCGAUCGACGGCCCGGAGGACAGGAUAGUCAGCGCGGGAAUUGGCGGCGGAAGUUCCAGACUGUUACGGAGCGUCUCGAGACCGCAGAGCGAGGAAGAGGAGGAUGACUGCGACUAUAGUCCGGACGAGGAAGAGUGGAAGAAGACGAUUAUGGUCGGCACCGACUAUCAGGCGGCGAUUCCAGAAGGCUUGUGCCGCUAUGACGACGCUCUGCCGUAUGAGAAUGAAGAUAAAAUGUUGUGGGAUCCCAGUCACAUAUCCGAGGAGGAUACGGAGGAGUUUUUAGAACGUGCGCAGCUUCCGGCGGUGAAGGGAGGCUCGUUACCAGCCGGCUCGCACAUUAGAGACGAUGAGCAGGCUUUGUAUCUCCUACUACAGUGCGGCUAUAAUCUCGAAGAGGCAUUACGAAGGCGUCGAAUGAAUGUACUUCCACCUACGGAUGCGGUGAGCCUUUGGUCGGAGGAAGAAUGUCACAAUUUUGAAUCUGGAUUGCGCACUUAUGGCAAAGAUUUUCAUCUUAUACAGAAAAAUAAGGUGAGAACAAGAUCUGUCGGAGAGUUAGUACAAUUUUAUUAUUUAUGGAAGAAAACGGAACGGCAUGACAUAUUUACGUACAAAGCGCGAUUAGAAAAGAAGAAAUAUGCCCUGCAUCCCGGUAUCACCAGGGACUAUAUGGACCGAUUCCUUGAGGAGCAAGAAGGUGUGCGAGAUCGCAGUAGUUCGCCGAAUGUUCAUUGUUUGCUGUACGGUGACACCAAGCGACAAAGAUCGAGCAGCAGUGUAAUCAACAACGACGAAUCCAAAUCUGCGGACGCUUGGGACGGAAACGCGGUUGAUCCAUUGGCAGACGUUAACGGUCCAACGGCACCGCCACCACCGCCACCUCCACCACCACCACUCUUAGUAACAUCAGCCACGACUACCGUGUCGUCAAUAUGCAAUUCCAGCGCCGCUUUGACCACACCGACGUAUUGUUCGUCGUCGAUUCGUCAUCCGGAUUGUCCCUCGUCUGAAGAUUGUGCGAACCCUUUAGCGUGGAGCAGUCUAGCGCCCCGAAGUCAACCUACCUCGUCAGUCAUCACAACGAUUACAAUAAAUACCACCACGGCCACUACGUCUGUAGCAAUGGUCACAGGUUCACUUGGUUCGACGAAUACAGUUACCACUAGUUCCGUUGCUCCUGCCGCCACCAUAGCCGCUACUGCUGUCUCCAAUAAUAAUUAUUAUCAUCAACGAGUGACAUCAUCCAGAAGCAAUGAUUCUCAUGAUACGCCCUCCCCUGAGAAUAUUUUACCUCACCUGCCCCCUUAGCGUCUAAUCCGACCUUCAGGUGUUCAUCCUGAAAGGCGACGGAUGUCUUUGCGGGGUGUGUCUAACUCGGCACUCAUGCCAUCGCUAUCGUCGUAAUGCAUAAUAUUCGGUAAUAUCAAGGAUUAUAUUUUUAUACUGUAUCGCGCGUAAAUAUAAUUAUUAAUUGUCCUUAGCGCGAGUGUGCGCGAUGUUGUAUAGUAGUGCGGAAAUUGGAAGGAUACGUUUUUGCGUGAAAGAUUAGAGCAUAUACAUAUAUACGUGUGUAUGUGUGUGCGCGUGCGUGUGUGUGCGUGAGAGAGAGAGAGAGAGAGAGAGAGACAGACAGACAGACAGACAGACAGAUAUUAAAGCUAUAAACAGAUAAAAACGCGACAGAAACGCGAGCGAGGGUCAUUGUAGCUUUCUCUAUUUUUCUCCUAUCCAUUUAUGAACAUAGAGAUAUUCCAGAUACAAAAAAGACGCAUUUCAAGAUUCAUUAGAAAGCGCCAGUAUUUGACAGAGAAGUGAAAUAGUAUUACGCACCGCGAGUGUAAAAAUUUUUAUGGAUAAAUCAUUGUACUGUAUAAUUAAUAUCUAAUUGAUUAUUGUCUGAAGCACAUUGGUCUUCGGAUCGGCAAUAAAGUUGCAAAAAGUAUGAUACGAAGUUUCGCGGAAUGAUUUAUCAGUUCGAUAAAGUGGAACCUGAUAAAUGUUAGAAUGAUGAAGAUAAUAUGAAAGUCAAUAGAAACAUGUUCAUCAUUAUUUCAAUGUAUAAAGGAUGCGCGUUAAUAGUGCUCCUAAUAAUUCAUUUCCCUCGUUAAGUAGUUGGCUGUGUAUAAAAUCAUAUAGUUUGUAUUUUCACGUUUUCCUAGCACUCUAUUUAAGAAACACAAAAUAUUUUUAAUUUACUGGAUACGCAUUAUAUUAUGUUUAAUCAUUUAUAAAUAGUGUUGAUAUAAAAAAAGUACAGUCUAAAUUAGAAA